AUGUCGACCCACGGAUAUACUGGUCGCUUUAUCAAAGACCAUUGUGUGUAUGGCCAGGCGUCCAUAGUCUUGUCGGAUGAUAUGGCGGCUUUGUCGAAGUGGGUAUCUAAUGCACAUGAUACGUUUGGUAGGAAGACCAAGCUUGUAUGCACUAUGGGUCCAUCAUGUUGGGAUGUUGAUACUCUGGUGAAGAUGAUCGAUCAGGGUAUGAACGUGGCGAGACUCAAUUUUUCACAUGGCGAUUUUGAAGCCCAUGGUGCCACCGUGCAACGUAUUCGAGAAGCAUUGAAGCAACGCCCUGGAAAGCAUGUUGCGCUUCUACUCGAUACCAAGGGUCCUGAAAUUAGAACUGGUUUUUUCAAAGAGGCAGGCGGUAAGGUUAAGCUAGAGGCCGGUCAGGAGCUUGUUCUUACUACUGACUAUGAUCACAAGGGGGAUUCUAGCAAGAUCGCCUGCAGCUAUGCUAAGCUACCUCAGAGUGUCAAGCCUGGCUCGACCAUUCUUAUGGCUGAUGGUACUGUUAGUUUGGAGGUUAUCGAAUGCCUUGAGGACAGCGUUAGGACUAGGGUUAUGAAUAGUGCUACAAUUGGUGAACGCAAGAAUAUGAACUUGCCAGGAGUUAAGGUUGACCUGCCCUGUAUCAGCGAAAAAGAUAAGAAUGAUAUUUUGAAUUUUGGUAUACCACAGGGAGUGAAUUUCAUUGCAGCAUCCUUCGUUCAGGAUGGUGAUGAUGUUAGAGGUCUACGUAAACUGCUAGGGCCUAGAGGUCGUCAUAUCAAGAUCAUCUCUAAAAUCGAGAAUGAGUCUGGUAUGAAGCACUUUGAUGACAUCCUGGCGGCCUCGGAUGGUAUCAUGAUCGCUCGUGGUGAUCUUG